GAUACCUGGCGUGGUCGGCCAAGUGGUAAAGCAGGCACUUCUACUCGCCCGCUCAAUCUUCCUCGCCGUCAUUUCUGCCUGAAGCACGAUCGACAUGGGGAAUUUUGUAGUGAAAACCGCAUCGAUGAACUCAUCCGUCCCAGAGCUUUACUGAAUCGCGACCGAGUUGGAGAUCCUGUUUUUAACAUGCCUAUUGUAGUUGCUGCAGGACUAUCAACGGAUUCUCUGCGCAUAUGUCUGGAAUCGCUUAUGGAACAGGAAGGUUUAAAUACGCAAAUGAUCAUAGUUGUGUAUGACAAGGAAUAUCCGGAAAAUGCCGAGCUUUCUUCCCUUUUUCAUGUGAAGUCUCUGCCCGUUAACGCAUCGAAUGGAUAUAACUCUCUUAUAUUGUCGGCACUUUCCGCCGCAUUCGCAGUUUUUCCAUCCGCAACUUCCGUCGCUGUCAUUGAAGAAGAUAUCCGACUAUCACCUGAUUGGCUGCUCUACCUCUCCCAAACAUUACCUGUUCUUUUGGCUGAUAAUUCACUUGAUGUCGUGCAAACAUUCAAUCCAAAUGGCUUCAUAGACACAAGCGGAGACCAGUCACUGGUUUACAGGAUUGCGUUCCAGCCCCCGUUGUAUUCAUAUGUUAUAACGAGAAAGAAAUAUGAACAGGAAAUAAAGUAUAGUUCAGAAUGCUGCAAGAAACCCGGCCAGUGGUUAAUGACGUCGUCGUCGUCACUCGUACCCGACGUGUCUCGCGUCUUUGUGGCUCAUUCCAGUCUUGGUGAUCCUAAGUGGUCCAAUGCCUUGUUUGUCAGACCAAGGAGUGUUAGCCAGGAAAAUACAGUACUGAGUCGUGAUUUCCGAACCGAAACGGCAUACGAUACUUCUAUGACAUCGCAAAUAGCUGCAGCACCAAAAAUACCACUGAAUGCUGUUGAAUGUGGAGCAUGGAAACAGCAGAUGGCUGAUAUUUCUUCCACGUCUAACAGUACAUCGGUCGUCAUCACAUGUGGAUCUGAAAUGAGCGAUGUCGCUGUGCGAGCCGUUGCGUCUCGUUGCUUUGGGCUAUACUUUGAUCAGCAUUUCGCCACUGGCGUAUACAAACGGGUCAUCAGGUUCGUUUCGAAUUCUACUAAUGUGUUCAUUGUGCCCAAACAACUGCUAGCAACGAGCGGUUCGUCUUUCUUCAGAACUGCAGCGAACAGUUCCCUUUUAAUAUAG